AAUAAGGAGUACAGAGGGUAGAAACGUGUCCUUAGUCUGGGGCGGAGCGUGGAGAACGUGGGCUCAUGGCGGAUACCCAGUACAUCCUGCCCAAUGACAUCGGUGUGUCGAGCCUGGACUGCCGUGAGGCAUUCCGCCUGCUGUCACCCACAGAGCGCCUCUAUGCCCACCACCUGUCCAGAGCCGCUUGGUAUGGAGGCCUGGCUGUGCUGCUCCAGACAUCCCCUGAAGCCCCCUACAUCUAUGCCCUGCUUAGCCGCCUCUUCCGUGCCCAGGACCCUGACCAGCUGCGCCAACAUGCCCUGGCUGAGGGCCUUACUGAAGAAGAGUAUCAGGCAUUCCUGGUCUACGCUGCAGGGGUCUACUCCAACAUGGGCAACUACAAGUCCUUUGGUGACACCAAGUUUGUUCCUAACCUGCCCAAGGAAAAGCUGGAACGUGUGAUCCUGGGGAGUAAGGCUGCCCAACAGCAGCCAGAAGAAGUCAGGGAGCUCUGGCAGACCUGUGGGGAGCUUAUGUUCUCCCUGGAACCAAGGCUUCGACAUCUUGGACUGGGGAAGGAGGGAGUCACUACCUAUUUCUCUGGAGAUUGUACCAUGGAGGACGCUAAGCUGGCCCAGGACUUUCUGGACUCUCAGAACCUCAGUGCGUACAACACGCGGCUCUUCAAGGUGGCCGGCCAGGAAGGGAAGUCCCACUACGAGGUGCGACUGGCUUCAGUACUCAACACAGACCCUGCUCUCGACUCUGAGUUGACUUCCAAGCUGAAGAGAUAUGAGUUCCAGGGGAACCAUUUCCAGGUCACGCGGGGGGACUAUGCCCCCAUCCUCCAGAAGGUGGUAGAGCACUUGGAGAAAGCUAAGGCUUAUGCAGCCAAUAGCCACCAGGAGCAAAUGCUGGCCCAGUAUGUGGAGAGCUUCACCCAGGGCUCCAUUGAGGCCCAUAAGAGGGGCUCCCGCUUCUGGAUUCAGGACAAAGGCCCCAUUGUAGAGAGUUACAUUGGCUUCAUUGAGAGCUACCGUGACCCCUUUGGCUCCCGAGGAGAGUUUGAAGGCUUCGUGGCCAUGGUAAACAAAGCCAUGAGUGCCAAGUUCGAGCGGCUGGUCGCAAGUGCUGAGCAGCUGCUGAAGGAGCUGCCCUGGCCUCCUGCCUUUGAGAAGGACAAGUUCCUCACCCCUGACUUCACUUCCCUGGACGUCCUCACCUUUGCUGGCUCUGGCAUCCCUGCAGGCAUCAACAUCCCCAACUAUGAUGACCUGAGACAGACAGAAGGCUUCAAGAAUGUGUCUCUGGGAAAUGUGCUGGCUGUGGCCUAUGCCACAAAGCGGGAGAAACUCACGUUCUUGGAGGAAGAAGACAAGGACCUGUACAUCCGCUGGAAGGGGCCGUCCUUUGAUGUGCAGGUGGGGUUACACGAGCUCUUGGGCCACGGCAGCGGCAAGCUCUUUGUACAGGAUGAGAAAGGUGCUUUCAACUUUGACCAGGAGACUGUGAUCAACCCAGAGACUGGGGAGCAGAUCCAGAGCUGGUACCGGAGUGGAGAGACAUGGGAUAGCAAAUUCAGCACCAUUGCCUCCAGCUACGAAGAGUGCCGGGCCGAGAGUGUGGGCCUCUACCUCUGUCUCAACCCCCAAGUGCUGGAGAUCUUUGGCUUUGAGGGAGCUGAUGCAGAAGACGUAAUCUACGUGAACUGGCUCAACAUGGUUCGCGCUGGGCUGUUGGCUUUGGAGUUCUAUACCCCAGAGGCAGCCAACUGGCGACAGGCCCACAUGCAGGCCCGAUUUGUGAUCUUGAGGGUUUUGCUGGAAGCUGGUGAAGGACUCGUUACCGUCACUCCUACCACAGGCUCUGAUGGGCGCCCAGAUGCCCGGGUCCACCUGGACCGCAGCAAGAUCCGCUCAGUGGGCAGACCUGCCCUGGAGCGGUUCCUGCGGAAACUCCAGGUGCUGAAGUCCACAGGGGAUGUGGUUGCAGGGCGGGCCCUGUACGAGGGCUAUGCAGCGGUCACCGACGCACCCCCGGAGUGCUUCCUCACCCUAAGGGAUACAGUACUGCUGCGCAAGGAAUCCCGGAAGCUUAUUGUUCAGCCCAACACCCGCCUGGAAGGCUCAGAAGUACAACUUGUAGAGUAUGAGGCCUCAGCCGCUGGCCUCAUCCGAUCCUUCUGUGAGCGGUUUCCUGAGGAUGGGCCUGAGUUGGAGGAGGUUCUUAUCCAGCUGGCCACAGCAGAUGCUCGAUUCUGGAGGGACCAGAUCCAGAAGGCUUCAUCUGGCCAGGCUUGAGAAGAUCUGUGUGCUCUCUCCCCUCUUUGUCAAACCAGGGCUGCCAGUGGCCCUGAAUUGUGUGUGAUUAGGAGUCAGGGGAGGGGCAGGAGCUUGGACUUUGGUGCUACCUCAGCUGAGGGUGGUGACGCUAACCCCUUCCAUUUGUCAGCACUUUCCAGUUUACCAGAUGUCCUCAGUUCCUGGAUCUGCACUGCCAUCUGUGGCAGGAGCUCCAUAGGGUGCCUAGUCCAGUUUUCCACAUGGGAAGGCGACAGUUCUGAGAAGUGACUAUUCUAGAUCUGGCGGGUGGCGUGUGACAGAGCCAGGGCUCAAAGCAUUCUCACCAAAUCCAGCGCUCUUCGUGUACUACUUUUAUAGCCAGAAAAAUAAAUAUGACAACCACCA